ACUGCCCACUCUCAUUAAUAAGGGCUGGCUGCAUUCAGCACUAGCUGGCAGAUGAUAGAUCAGUUUCUUAGAUGGCUCAACACAGAGUGCAGUGCAAUGACAGGCAGAAAGAACUUCUCCUCUUCUCUUGCAGCAGGAAGCUUUCCAGAAGGAUGGCCUCCCUCUUGGAGCUGAAGGAAAUCUUCCGCAAUGCCGAUGCAGUGUGCUUUGAUGUGGAUAGUACAGUCAUCAAGGAAGAAGGAAUCGAUGAGCUGGCGAAGUUCUGUGGAGUUGGGGAUGCUGUGGCAGAAAUGACACGGAGAGCUAUGGGAGGCUCCGUGACAUUCAAAGCUGCUUUAACGGCACGACUAGGACUUAUACGUCCCUCCUGGGAGCAAGUGCAAAAACUAAUUUCAGAACAUCCUCCUCAGCUCACACCAGGCAUAAGAGAGCUGGUAAGCAGGCUUCAUCAGCGAGGCAUCCAAGUCUUCUUAAUAUCCGGAGGGUUUCAGAGCAUUGUGGAGCACGUCGCUUUACAGGUGAACAUUCCAACAGCAAAUGUGUUUGCCAAUAGGCUGAAGUUUUACUUUAAUGGAGAAUAUGCAGGGUUUGAUGAGACACAACCAACAGCUGAAUCAGGUGGAAAAGGAAAAGUUAUCAGUCAUCUGAAGGAACAGUUUCACUUUAAGAAGGUAGUUAUGAUUGGAGAUGGAGCUACAGACAUGGAGGCAUGUCCCCCUGCUGUGAGUAUCCAAGAACGGGAUUUCCCUUUAAACAAAUGCUUUCUUAUAUUUAUAUAUAUAAAGCAAUGGCAAGACAUCAUCUGUUUGACUGUUAUACAGUAUUUAAGGGGGAUCGUUAAUGCCUUUCAAUCUAUUCUGAAACAGUAUCUUGUGGGCUAUUUGCAGAGCAAAGGCUGUGACAGAGAUCAGAUUUCCUGCCUGACACCAAGAGGGGAAUGUACUGAUGGGCAUUCACCUCCCUGUGUCAGCAGGCAGUGGGAUCACCUCAGGGUGGAACAAGGGAUCAGGCCAUUCACUCAUGUACCCCUUUCAUUCUGGGUCUGGGUCACACACGCACACUCAUCAUGUCUCUUCUUCUUUGUGCCAUUUGAGCAAACACCCACACCUGCAGCUGAGGUCAUCACCUCCCUGCCUCUCCAGCCUCUUAUAUGAGACCUGAAAAGAAACAUCAUAAUCCUGUUAUCACCUUACACGCAUCACUCUUCCUAUAGUCCACCCAAGCUUCUCUUCUGACUGCUCCCUUUGGCUCCUUGACCCACUCCCAGCUCCUUGCCUUCUUUCAUGUUGCACUUGGAACAGACUUGGAAGCCAGCCAAGCACACUCCCUCAGAAAUCCCCUGAAAACCCUCCAGUGCCACUAAGCAGCCCACUAAUGCCUUCAGCUGGUCUGGACAAUAUUGUUCAGCACUCAACCUGCCUUUUAGACAGUGGCCAGUACCUCCAGAUUUGCAAUCCUUUCUUUGGUAUUGUUUACCUUUUUUAAAGGCAUUGCUUGCACACACACACACGCCACAUCUUUUGUCAGCAUAGCACUAGGAUUCCUGCUAUUACUGUUAGUAUCAUGGUGCUUCUACACAGAUUCCAUCAAGGGCCAAGAUCCCAACCUGGGCCACUGAUUUAUGGUGCUUAGGAAGCACGCUCCUGCACCCUUCUGGUGCACAUGCUGCCUAAUACUAACAGAGCAAGAGUGCUAGUCUGAUGGCUUGGAGGGGUGGGUACCAAGAUCCUUUCUUGCACCAGAGAUAACUUCUCAUGGGGAUGGAGCAGACACCUGCCAUCCCCUCCCCCGAACAUGGCAGCUCUCACAGAACUGGGAAUAAUUUAAAAAA